UAGGCCCAUGUGUGUGUGUGUGUGUGUGUGUGUGUGUUUGGCAACGAAAGAGUUAAAGUGCAAAAUCCUAUUACGGCUUCUGUUACACUUUAAUUGAUUUGGACACAUCACAUGGACGGAAACGGCGCCUGCAGCCUGCAGUUUGCCCGGGUGAUACACACUGUGUGCGUCUCAUGAGCUCCGAGGAAACCACCAUGGACUUCAUGUCAGAUCGGGACGUGCAGAAGUACUUGGAGGAUGGAUAUGUGGUCCUGGACGGCCUGCUGACCUCUCAGGAGUGCGACGAGCUGAGGCAGAGGAUGGCGGAGAUAGUGGAUCAGAUGGACGUCCCGGAGCACUGUCGGAUCACCUUCUCCACCUAUCACGAUGAGCAACUCAAAACACAGAUGCAGGGAAACGCUGACUAUUUCAUCACCAGCGGAGAUAAGAUCCGCUUUUUCUUUGAGAAAGGAGUUUUUGACGACAAAGGGGAAUUCCUGGUACCAAAACAGCGCUCACUAAACAAAGUCGGGCACGCGCUACAUGCCUACGAACCCUUGUACAAAAAGGUUACACAUUCACCCAAAGUUCAGGGUAUAGCGAGGAAGCUGGGGCUUGUGAAUCCAGUGAUACUGCAAAGCAUGUUCAUUUUUAAGCAACCAGGGAUCGGUGGGGAAGUGACGCCACAUCAAGACGCCACAUUUCUGUACACGGAGCCUCUGGGCAGAGUUAUGGGCAUGUGGAUCGCCCUGGAAGAUGCCACUGUUAACAACGGCUGCCUGUGGUUUAUCCCGGGGUCACACAACAGUGGUAUUUCUCGACGUAUGGUUCGAACCCCGCCGGGCACCUUUCCCCUGACGGACUUCACCGGUCGAGAGCAGGAGUACGAUGCCGGGAAGUUUGUCGCCGCACCUGUUAAGAAAGGCGGCGUAGUCCUGAUCGACGGGGAGGUGGUGCAUCGCAGUGCUGAAAACACCUCCGAAGACUCUCGCCACGUCUACACCUUCCACAUCAUGGAAUCCCAGGACACCCGCUGGAGCCCUGAAAACUGGUUGCAGCCCACCGAAGAGCUCCCCUUCCCGGCUCUCUACUCUAAAUGAAGGCUUGUGUUUGGUGCUGCGGUUCACGGCGAGACAAGCAAUCCUCUCUUUCCUGGAGAAGGACUAACACGUAUGAAAUGUUUUAACCACAGAAAAAACAAGCUGCCAUUGUUUUCUAUCUUAUAUGGAGCUUCAUGUAGACUGAGGAAGAAUUCAACAUCCAAGUUAAAGCUGGAUUAACUCUUACUAACACACAUUUUUGAUGAAUGUAUCAAUAUUUUUAUCAAUUUUUAACAUUUUUAGACUUUUCAUGAACGAUUCACGAUACAGCAGAUAUUUAGAUAUACUUUUAUUCAGCAACUCCUCAUCAACAUUGUCACCAACCAGCAUUAUUAUUAUUGUUCAGUUUUGUUUUUUCCCCCCAAUUUGUGUCAAAACGAGAUGGCAGAUUCCUAUUUUUACAGACAACAUUUCUAUUUUCAAGUAUGUUUUUUUUAAGACAAUGAAAAACAAAAAAUGUGAAUGAUUAUUAAAUCACGACAUCCAAACCUGUUAUGUUCAUUUUAAAAUAAAUAAAGAAACCAAAAAAAAAGGGUUCAUGUUCAUGUUGUCAAAGUGCAUUCACUCACACACACACACACAAGUCCUGGUUCUCAAUCACUGAGUGAGUAUUUCACAAAAAACAGGAGGCAUAUCAACUUUAUCUUCUUCCGAUACACUCAACAUGCAGUAUUACAUUUUUUAAUGUAAGGAUGAUGGCAAAAAAACAACAACAUACUAGUAGGAUCAUGCUAAUUAACUGUUACAACAUAAAUAAAUAUUUAAAAAAAGAACUUUUACAGGUAAACAUAAAGCAAAAAAGGUUGUUAAUUAAUUCAUUAAUUCAUGCCGGGAAACAAGUCGUGAUCUCAUCUGAGAACGAUGAGAUGAAACCUGAUGACGUCUGAGGAGAUCGCUAUAAAAGCAAAUAUUCAAUAAUGUGGAUAAACAAACAAACAAACAAACAAA